AUGGUGACAAGAGCACUAGAGAACGGUGCUGGUUAUUAUCUAUACAAGCCUGUGACUUAUUCUGACUUUGAGAAACUAUGGCAGCAUGUUAUUAAAAGCAAGGUAGACCCAAAGGGGCACGAAAAAGAUAUGGAAAGUUUUUGUCAAGAUUCACCAAGAGAAAAACAGAAGACUACUAGUAGGGUUCCUGUGUCAUCAUCAUCUGAUUAUAAUGAAGGAAAUUCCAGAACUGAAGUAUCAAGGAAGAGGAAGGAACCUUCAAGGAAACAACCAGGGGAUGGUAAAAGAACUCGCGCUCGGUCUGCUGCUCCAAAGAAGCGAAGGGUUAUUUGGACGGUUGAAUUACACAGUCACUUCCUUGAUGCCAUUGAAGCAUUAGGCGUAGACAAUGCACCUACGCCGAUUAGUUUACAACAAAAUGUUUCUCAAAGAGUACCCAAAUAUUCAUUUGGGUCAUUCCAACCGGGUUCAGAAGAUGGCAACUUUCAAGGUCUCAACACUCAAAGCCACAGUUUACAUCCUAGUGCUUCUAUGGUCGCUGCAGGAUUUCAAUUUGGGCAAUCAUCAAUUACUCCAAUGAACAACAACAACAACAAGCGGUUUAUGGCAUCGGCACAACAACCGAGGCCUACAACUAGUGUUGCUGCUGGAAAUGCCAACCAGGAGGAUUCUAUUACAAGUAGUCCAGCUCAAUCGAUUCUAAACAUGUCUAUGGUAGGAGGAAGAAGUGGUAGGGUCACCAUGCAGCUAGUUCAUCAACAAAAUCUAAUGAGGUGGAGAAAAAAUAUCCAAACCACUGGACCACUUAAUACUAGCACUCGUACUGUCUUUGAAAGUGGUAACUUUCAAAAGCAGAACAAUAAUGCAUUGGUGGCAAAUAUGGGAACAACUGCAAACACGUGUUCAUCAUCCAUUGGUAAUUCAGCUCAACCCUCAACCCUUAGUUCAACCAACUUUAUGGGAAUUCAGAUUAUCAAUGAUAAUACCAACUUUAUGCCAACAUCAUCAGUAAUGGAAGUACCAGGUAUGAUUCCCGAACUCAUCGGCUUGCAAUCAUCUUAUUCUGCAAUAGAAGAACCAAACUCGAACCUUGAUUAUCUGAACAGCGAACCAUCCUUAGUUGCACCAACGGGAAUGUCUAAUAUGAUCCCUCAACCUUCUGCUGAAGUUUAUUUUGGAGGUGGAAUUAUUCUGAAUGCAAAUCAUGGAUCCCUAGCCCCGCGAUAUAAAACUCGAGUACCAACAACAGUACCAGUGGCACCAUCACGAUUGGCAUAA